AGGGGAAACAAAAAAGAAAAAGCAAAAGAAAACAAAAACCCUUGCAAUGUAGAGAGAAAGAAAGAAAGAAGAGAGCACUUGCUAAUUGCUAUUACCACUGUGUGUCUAUAGUAUUGUUAUUGUUAUUGUUAUUGUAAGCUCCUCUCACUCACUCCCCAACACUACAACACACAAAAACUCAAUUAUUUGUGACCAUUUUUCUUCUUCUUCUUCCUCUUUGGCUUUCAACAUGCCACGCCCAGGGCCAAGGCCUUAUGAGUGUGUGAGGAGAGCAUGGCACAGUGAGAGGCACCAACCUGUUAGAGGUUCCAUCAUUCAGCAGAUUUUCAGGGUCGUCAACGAAGCUCACACCCCUGCUACCAAGAAGAACAAGGAAUGGCAAGAGAAGCUACCCGUCGUUGUUCUCAAGGCCGAAGAAAUCAUGUACUCCAAAGCCAAUUCCGAGGCAGAGUACCUGAAUCCUGAUACCCUCUGGGAACGCCUCAAUGACGCCAUUAACACCAUCAUAAGGAGAGAUGAGACCACAGAGACCGGUGACCUCUUGCCCCCAUGUGUUGAAGCUGCACUUAAUCUGGGAUGCAAACCUGUGAGGACUUCAAGAAGUGAUAGGCACAAUAACCCCAGGACAUACCUUUCUCCAAGAACUCAACACCCUCCUCCUCCUCCUCCUCAUCCGUCUUCUGGUCCUCCUAGGCCUGUUGGGGAGAAUCCUUAUGCAAGGGUAUCAAGUUCUGCCGUUUCUCAAAUUCCUCUGUCAGAUUCUAGAAUCCAUGCCCAGCAAAAUACUAGGAUGAUGGGUUCACCUAACUACCCCUUCUCAGAGAGUUUCCCUUCUGGUCAUCACCAGCAUUUGGCAAUGGAAACCAAACCCCCAUCGAACUUUGGUUCAGUUUAUCCCUUGUACUACGGAUAUGAAGCCAAAGAGCCUCAACUAAGGACGACCACCGUCGAUAACUCGGGUCCUGAAACUAUUUUUGUUGGCAGACCAGUCAUUACUCCGGUCCCCGAGCCAUCUGGAAUCGGUUUGUUGGAAAACUUUCCCUAUGGUAGAUACCCCCAUUUGCCAAACAGAGCUGGAAAAGAAACUGUUGUAGGCAUGCCGGAGGGAUUGCGAGACACGGAAUGUGAUUUAUCCUUGAGGUUGGGUCGGUGUUUUCAUCCAUGUUCAAGCAGCAAGAAUUGUUCAGCAUAUGAAACAGAAGAUGCUGGUUUAGGAGCCCCUCAAGGGGGCACCAAGUUUAGUCAUCUAUCAUUGCAGAGAAAUAAAGAGUUCUGUUUUUAUCCUAGAGAGACAUCUUAUGGUACAAUUGGCCCCAGUUCUGCCAGAUGUAAUGGAGAGCGUGAAUAUCAGAACUUAGAGGCAACUUUACGGAAGCGAAAAGCACCUAUAGGUAACAACGAGGAGGAUGGGCAAUUUUGCCGGCAUCUAGGAGUCCCAUCGAAUCAGUGUACCGGUAGAAUGCAAGGACCAGGUAUGUAUCAACCACUGCACUGCAAUGAAAAUCAAACAAGUAUUAUCAUGACUUGUUAAAGAAUCCCAAAAUUCAAAUAAAUAAAGCUAAGAUAUUUUAUGUUGUAAGAACUAAUAUAUGAUUUGAAAGCACAUUAUGUUAUAUGAAAAAUUGGGCAUGCAUAAUGCACUAUUUAACCAAUGGGGAUUUUAACCAGACGUUUGGUUUUGUCAACGUCAUGGGUUGAGUGUUGCAAGUGUUCCACAUUAUCAUGUUACCUGUUGUGUAGCUGUCACUGCAAUGUACUGCAUGACGAAGUUGUCGUGAUUAGUAUAGGGAGUGUAGAGAGAGGCAUAUACGACAAUUCUUAUCGAUCAAAAUACUAAUAUCUAUGGCACUUGU